AUGAUCCCCACACCCGACUUGUCCCAUCUGAAAGCUGCGGACUACCAACAUGUAUACGAGCCAGCGGAGGACACGUUCAUACUGCUAGACGCGUUGGAGGAAGACGCGGAUGUGCUUCGCAACCUGCGUCCUCGGAUUUGCCUCGAAAUCGGGUCUGGGUCUGGCUGUGUCAGCACAUUUGCUGGCAAGAUACUCGGGUCUACGACUUCCUUAUAUCUGGCUACAGAUUUUAACCCGCACGCAACCCAGUGCACAAAACUCACAGGGCGUCAGAACAAAGUUCCUGUCGAACCAUUAUUAGCAUCCUUGGCGGGACCAUUGCGCCGCCGCUUGCGACAUUCUGUGGACAUUUUGCUUUUCAAUCCACCAUACGUCCCGACUAACUCGGCCGAGGCGGAUGAAGCGCAGCAGGAUGCCGAUAUCGCUGGUGCCUGGGCAGGGGGACAGGACGGCAUGGCGAUCACAGAUAUCCUGCUAGACCAGGUAGAGAGUCUGUUGUCACCACGAGGGCGGUUCUAUUUGGUUGCCGUGAAGCAGAACGAUAUUCACGGUAUCUGUCGCCGGAUGCAAGAACAGCACAGUCUCAAGGGAGAGGUCGCUCUUCAACGUCGGGCAGGACGAGAGCAUUUAUAUGUACUGAGAUUCCUCCGACAGCCUGCUGAUACAUGA